AUGCGGUUGUUGCUCCUAAUUUGGGUACUGUAUUCGGUACCAUGGUGCUCCUAUACAGCCGCAGAAGAAGAUGAGCUCCAGAUUAAUGAAAUCUUCGUUGAGGAUGAGCCCAGGUCUCGAUUACUGCUCGUCAACGGGAAUAUGUUUUUCCAUGCCGGGCUUGGGAAGAAUAUCACUUUUCGGACGGCUGGCGGCGGUUCCGUUUUUCUGCAUGAUACCGAUAUUUCGCAAUUGCCUGAGCUGGCUUCGUAUAACGAGACGUUGAACAGGCUUGGAAUCGCGGAAGGAAUGCUGAACAAGUUGGAAACCGAUAGUUCGACUUUAUUUCGGCUAUGGAAACUGAAGCUGCCUCUGUACGAUAUUUGGAAUAAGAAACUGCAAAAUCUGACAUGGGACACGAUGGCGCUAAAGAAAUUGCUCAGGAAUCUGACGUCUCGGGAGCUGCGGUACCGGCGGCAGACAUUGAAGCUCAACAAGCUUGUGAGGGAAAUCUAUACGAACCUUCUCGAGGAUCGUUGUGCGAAGUCGCCCUGUCAAAACGGUGCCACUUGUAUCCCAAAAUACAACGGAUACGUUUGUAUUUGCCCGUCAACGUUCAUGGGAAAGGAUUGUGAAACACUACAGGACCUAUGCGAAUUAUAUGGCGGUACGCAUGCCGGCUGUCAGAAUAAUGCAACUUGUAAUACCACCAGUGUCGGAAUGAGCUGUAAUUGCUCGAGCGGAUUUCACGGCCCUCUUUGCCAAUACAAAACAUCGACCUGUCUGAAGAAUACAGAGAUAUGCGGCCCACACGGACACUGUAUGGAAAAGGAAUCUGAAACUGAGCCGAAGUACAAGUGCUUGUGCGACUGGGGAUACGAGCUAUCAUCCGAUACGAAGAAUCCGACUUGUGUCGACAUUGAUGAAUGCCGUACACAGCCGUGUCAUCCAGGGGUCAAAUGCGUCAAUCUGCCAGGGACGUUCACUUGUUCAGGCUGUCCCAGCGGCUUCAGAGGCACCGGCCAAAAUUGCUACGACAUCGAUGAAUGCUCUGAGGGGCUAUAUCCGUGUUCGAGAUCCCCGCAAGUUGACUGCUACAAUACAUACGGCGGCUAUAAAUGUGGCAGUUGCCCGGAAGGGGAAUCGUUCACAACGGCUGGUGUUGUUUGUCACUGUGCGGCCGGAUACGCUGGCGAUGGUCUUGGUGUCGAGGGUUGCAUUCGAGAUAACACAACGAUUUGUGCUGAAGCAAAUCGAUGUUUGAAUGAUGGAACUUGCUUACCAAUUAGCGACUCUGAAUUUCAAUGUAAAUGCAAGGACGGCUACAUUGGGAAAAGAUGCGAGCGGCCGAGUCCCUGCAGAAAUAAUCCCUGCCAGAACCAGGGCCUGUGUCAACCUCGUGGCUUUACUGGAUUCUUCUGCGAAUGCAAGGAAGGAUUUUACGGGACGAAAUGCUGCGGAAUGCACAACAAAACGAGCACAGGGCUUUUGCGAUAUCCGGCAGAUUUCCGCGUCAGGUCCGCGCGCGAAAGUUGCGACUUUGUGAUCGCACCCGAGAAUUUGACUGAAAAUGCUCUGAAUUUAUUCUUCACAUCGUUCGGUAAAAUGGGGAUGGGAGAUCGAUCCGGGCCCACCCGAUGCAAUGAAACUGUUGGCAGCUUGACCCUGUACGACGGUGUGACGGACAAGGAUCCAUUGAUUGCAGUGUUCUGCGGUGACAGCAGCACCGGUCCUACGGCGCCAAACCUACAUCAAAAAAUUCGUUUCACAUCUACGGUUGGAGGGCUGCUACGGUAUAGCGGGGCGUUCGGGCCGAUCUUCAAUUUUGGAUGGCGCUUGGAUGCGCGAAGGUGCGGAUACCGGACAAACGAGGAACAAGGGACAAUUGAAAUGCCUGAUUAUGAGGACGAAACGGGCUGUGAAUGGUUUAUUACGGUUCCGGCGGGAAAAAUCAUCGAAUUUACCGUGCCACCGGUGGUGAUGCCGACCGACGAUACAAGACUGUGUACGGUCAAUUCGCUCGAGGUAUUUGACGGAUUACUGACCCUUUCAAGAAUCAUGGGAGUUUGUGAAUCGACGAAUCAAACCCUUGUUCUCCGUUCAACAGGGCCCACCAUCACCAUCGCUUUCCGCUACUUCCUCCAAUUAAAAAGAAAUACAGCCUCAUCGACCGAUACGACAACAGAAGCCCCGAAAAUUUAUCCCGGCUUUAGGAUCACCUACAAGGCCGUCGAGCCCGAUUAUUCGUGUGGAGGAGUUGUCAAAUGGGACGGCAAAGAUGAGUUUAGAGGGAAAAUCACGUCACCGAACUUCCCUGGAAUGUACUUCGCGAAUCUUGAUUGUACAUGGUUGCUUGACGGGUCGAUUGGACAGAAUGAGACUGAGAAUCAGCUGACUGAUGAUCAUAUGCUAAAGCUCGAGUUCCCGACGUUUGAUGUGAAUGGGUACUGGCUGUUGGACUUCGGUAGUCGCGACCGUUCUCAACGUACCGAUCGUUUGACUCCGUUUUCGCGGCCGCAAUUUAGCCUGAUCCCGCGCAGCUGCACGCCGGACUAUCUCCGGAUCGAGGACGUGGUCGCCGGCGAGUCGAAAGAUUACUGUUUGACGCAUAAGCUGACGAAGCCACUCUAUAUGAAGGGAGCAAAAGCAUCUAUCCGCUUCCACUCAAACGAGGCUGGGCCUGGAAAGGGAUUCGAGAUGCUUUAUUCUCUGGUUUGCGAAAAAGUAUUAUAUGAGAAGAAUGGGACGGUGUCACCCUGGAAUUACCCGAACCGCUCACCUCGUCCCUUUAAAUGCACCUUUGUCAUCCCAUCCGAGAAGAAAGAAGCCGUUCGCAUCAAGAUCCGCAAUGUUGGACUGGAAGUGGCCACCACAAAGCAAUGCUUCUUCAAUGCUUCAACUGAAGAUCUGGACGAUUAUAUUGAGAUCGGUGGUGGAAACCCCCUGAAUAAGAACCUGAAUCUGCGUUAUUAUUGUCCGAAGUACCCGUUUACUCCCGGUUCGACAUUAAUAACCAGUGGAGGGAACCCGGUCGAGAUCACCUAUUCAACCAGUGGACACGAGAAAAACACCGGUUUCUUGCUGGAAUAUGAGGUCUUUGACGUUGGCUGCGGCGGGACUUAUAACGGAAUGGCUGGUACCGUCAAGAGCCCGAACUUCCCAGAAAAAUACCUGCCUCAUAUGCAUUGCGUAUACCAAAUCACUGUGGGAUACCAAAAAAUUGUCCGGCUCAGCUUUGACAACUUUGAAGUGGAAGUUGUGCCAAAUGACGAGUGCUCUUUUGAUCACGUUUCUGUCUACGAUGGCGACAUCAAUGGACCGCUAUUGGGAAGUUUCUGCGGUACCGUCAUCCCUCCCACGCUGCUUUCUUCUGGCUACAAGAUGACGAUCGUUUUUGUUAGUGAUCGAUCAGUCCCGGCAACCGGAUUCUCGGCCAGAUGGAGUAUGGCGGACGCGACAAAAGAUUGUGAUCGAUCCUAUCUGGCUCCGGCCGGAGAAAUUGUUUUUAAUGGGACGGCGACUCGAGCCUUUGAAUGCCAAUACCACAUAGCGGUUGCCCCCGGAAAUCGCAUCCUCCUGUCUCUCAACCAAUUAUCGAUGCCUUGUACGAUGGGUAUGCUCAGCAUGAGAAACGGCGCUAAUGAACAAUCCGCCGGAUUUCAUUCAUUAUACGAAGAAAACGAGGUCUGCGAUGAUCACAGCUUUAAGGAGCUACGCUCUCACGGAAAUCGCGUUUACUUCAAGUUGAAGACUAACAACCCAGCGGUGACUUCCUUCAAUAUUUCAUAUGAGACGCUGUCGGGCGGUUGUGGUGGACACGUUGACGGCAUACAGGGCACCGUAGCUGCACCUCAGUUCCCCCUAAAAGAUGCUCGAUCGAUGGAUUGCCAAUGGACUAUUGCCGUUGCACAGGGAAACCGUAUCAGACUAGCCCUCGCCAUGAUCGACGAUUUGAGAUCAGCAGACCAAAAUGGCAAUUGUGGAAUCUAUGCACACAAUCUGCUACAGAUUUCUGACAACAAUGGUCUACUGCGGCGGAUUUGUAAAAAAGAGAUUGGCGUCGCUCCAAUUGUUUCGGAGGGGAAUACGUUGAAUGUCCGCUACAAGCAAUAUGGCGGUCUACAUCUCGGAACGCUCUUCGGCUUCCUCAGUCAUUUCACCACGGUAUGCACUGAUGUAGUCCAUCGAAGCAUAAUUGGGGCGCUGCAGUCACCCGGUUAUCCAAAUGAAGCGUAUGGCAACCGUCAAUGUUCCUGGACCAUAAUCGUGCCUCGAGGAAACAGAAUUGAGCUGCGCUUCAAUCGUUUCAUCUUGCAACCGUCGAAUAGAUGGAGGAGUUAUGGGAAGGAAUGUGCCAAUGAUUAUCUAAAGUUCGGAGAUGGCGAAGUUGCAAGCGCGGAAAUAAAAGAUCCAUUGGGCGGCGUGAACGUCACCAACACGAUCUCCACUUUUUGUGAGACCCAAACGCCGUUGACGGUUACGUCGAAAAACAACACGCUGCACAUCGAAUUCAACACGAAGCUGGAAACCAAUCUAUUUUCGUUGAAUUGGCGAACGCUGGGUUGUGGUGGCAAUUUGUACAACGGUCAAAAUGUGUCGGUGUCAAAGGAAGAUAUCGAUCAGAAUGCUGAAUUUAUCGAAUGUCAAUGGAUGAUGGAGACAGAGCCCGGCAAAGUUAUUAAUGUCAUCGUGCAUACACUGUCUAUUUACCGGCCGGCCGAUGUAGAGUGUGACCCUGCUGGUGCAAAAUAUUCCGGAUUGGGCUUUUAUUCCGGAAGAAACAACGAGUCCGGUCUGGCCCAACGCGUAUUAUGCGAUCAGUUAACCAACUUAACUUACGUAUCACAUGGCAAUGAACUAUUUAUGCGGCUGCAGAUGCCGACAAAAUACAUCCAGUCUUCGGGCGCACAACCUUUUAUCACUUUCUCCACCAGAUUUGUUGAAGUCAACGGCACCGAAUGUGGCGGAAGCACAAUUUUGGAACAAACCGAGAAGGCCGCUUUCCAUUCACCCGGAUUCCCGAAAUCGCAGGAAAAAGGUGUAUGGUGCGAGUAUUUUGUGGAAGCACCAGAUGGACAUUCACUGGUGCUCCGUCUUGAUGAGUAUCGUCCGGCUGGCGAGAAAACGAGCUCCUUAUACCUGCCGCGCGAAGAACAGAAUUUCAGCUGCAAGGCGGACCGCGGGAGUCCCAUCUUCGAGAUGAACGGUUUCCUCGAAAUACACGGGCUCUACAGAACAGAAGAUCGAGCCACCCGUGUCCAAGAGAGGAUUUGCAAUACUGUAGAGAACCCGAUGUUGAUCCGAGUACCAUAUCCAAAAGCUUGGAUCCGAUGGAAGAGCGGUGAUGCUCAAGUUUCGAAAAGUGGCGAGGAAAAACGGCACGGAUUCGCUGUCACAGCCUGGUCGGAAUGUGGAGGUCGUAUUGUAGUCGGCGAAAAGAUGAAAACACUGAAUAUCAUGGAUUUGGAGGAAGACUACUGCAACUUGACUUUUGUGCCAAAUUGGGAGGCGGCUACUCGGGGCGUUUUUGUCGAAAUUGAAGAUCUAUUUGUCCGCAUCGGUCCCAAUUCGAACAAUAUGAAACCUGAUGAGAACUUUGAAACGGGAUCGAUCCAAGUUCAAGUGGAUGGUGGUGACUGGGAUUUGCACAGAUUGGAUACACGCUACGUCGGGGCUGCUGGGAAAGAAAUGAAGUUGGACUACCGUGGCAACGGAGAAAUAAAAGUCAACAUCGAAAGGGCACGCGGCAUAUUCCGUGAACGAAUCCAUCUGAACUAUGUGGCCGGAGGAACAGGCAAGAUACAUUCGAUUACGCCAUCAAAUAAAAAUUUAGCAUGUGGAGGCAUUGUGCGACGACCGAGCGGCUUUAUUCUACUACCAAACAUCCGGGCCUCCGAAUUCAACUGCGAGUGGGAGAUUCAGAAUUUCCCGGGUGGAAAGACACAGUUGAAACUUUGGGAAUUGACUCUACCUCCAUCUGAUGAAUGUGCCGCAUCAUAUCUGGAGAUCAGGCGUGGAAAUUCUACGGGCGAGCUUCAAGGGCGGUAUUGCUCUAGGGAUACACCUCUCACCUUGAAGGGCGAAAGCUUCUGGGUAAAAUUACGUUACGAAUUUGUCGCCGGCGAUGAAUACAUGAAUACGGCAAUCGACCAGACGAAAAACAAGCUGAAACUCGAGUUCAAUCGUCUUCCUUCUUAUCUUAUGGGCCCUACAACCUCCCAGGACAUUGAAUAUUACAAUGACCCACAGAUCAGCGACGACUUGGGCACGAGAUGGUGGAAUGUCAAAGCAAAGCCUGAUCAAGGCUUCAUAAUCCAUUUCGAGCGACUCUCCAUUCCAGCUGAAAAUCCGAUUGAUGGAUUGUUUAUAUCCGAGGUUGAUGAUCUGGGCAUGAGAAUCGAGGGCCCUCAAUUGAGAUUUGCGGGAUGGGCACGCCCUGUCGAUACAUAUAUCGAUUAUUCUUCAAUGAUGAUAACCUUUACCGCGCCGCUUCGUGCUGGUUUUCGGUUACGCUGGACCCCUGUGCCCAAGAGAGGUGCCAAUUGGACGGAGCCUACGAAUACAACGGCAAUUCCGGGAAUGCUUGAUUUCAAUUGUGGUGGACCGAAAAUAAUGGAAGAAACCACAGGAUAUUUGACCAGUCCCGGAUAUCCAGGCGCGUACAGCGAAAGAUUACGCUGUAAAUGGACUUUCCAAAAGCCGCUAUUUUACGGGAUGAAAAUGACGAUAAUGGAUAUCGACAUUGAGACUACGACAGAAUGCCGCUACGACUAUUUGGCUAUCACUGUACCAAGCACUGUGCCCAAACGAACCGGUGAUGAGCUGGAGGCGAUACCCCAAUCCAACAGAAUUUGCAAAGCAAGCGAGCGAAACAGAACGCUCAACUUUAUGUAUUAUCCGAUGAUGAAUGUCUACUUCUCCUCUGAUGAAAGCCGUGGCGGCCGGGGUUUCAAAUUGGCAUACCAGCUCACCUGUUCUUCCUACGACUUUAUCAAGAGCAGCUUCGGUGUUUUCGAUCGAGUGAUUACGUCAUGGGGUUACCCUAAUCCGAUCCCGGAUAGCGUAUGCGCAAAGAACAUUGUUCUUGCUACGAAUCGCCGGCUGAAAGUUGAGAUUUUGGACCUGGAUCUACGAGAAGCCGAUGCCCCCGAUUCCGAUGGCCGGCGGUGCAUUGACGGACUGAUGAUUAGUCAUCGAGCAAUCAGCACCAUGCCGGAUGUUGUACGAAAAACGGAAAUAUGUGGAACUGUAGAAAAGCUGGCGAAUCGCACGAUAAUUCUACCGAUCGGCCGCGCCUAUUUCCUUCUCCGACCCGGAAAAACAGGACCGAGAGGACGGGGCUUCAAAAUCCGGGUCUCUGAGUACGACGAGACAUGCACAAACGACGAGCUUCGGCUUGACGAAGCGAACCCCUCCAGAAUACUGGAAAGCCCGUUAUUCCCGCGAUAUUCGCCACACUCACUUGAUUGCCAAUGGGUAAUCGUAGCGCCAAAUGGGCGACGUGUCCAGUUUACGCUCGAUCCGAAUCAUUUCGAUCUCAUCACUUCAAAUGAAACAUGCAAUGAAGACUUUAUCGAAUUUUUCGAUGGGCCCACGGUAUUCGCCAAGCGCAUUGGGCGCUUUUGCGGAACACGCCCGCCGAGCACAAUCUACAGCUCCGGAAAUUCAUUGCUCGUCAGAUAUCGCACAGAUUCGUACCAAUCCAGUUUGGGCUGGAAUGCAACGUACGAGAUUGCAACGUGCGGUGGCUCGAUAGUGUUGAGAGAAGGCGAAAAAUACAGUCUGACGUCUCCGAAUUAUCCUGAUCAAUAUCCGCUGAAAGCCGAUUGCCGCUGGACGGUCCGGGCUCCAAAUACACACUUUGUCGAAACAUCCCUGGAACAUAUUUGGGUGUCAUGGAAUAAGAACUGCUCUUCUGACUAUUUGGCCAUACGCGAUGGAAACGCAACGGAUCCCGAUUUGAUGCCACCUGUCUGCACCGGCAUUGCCCUCAGCGACUCCAAAAAGCGCUCCUCAACACCAAUGGUUACGGUCGAUUUCCACGCAAACAACACCCAAUCGAGGGGCACUCGAAUGUAUUGCACAUCCAAGAAAUGCGGUUUUGAGCUUGCAUUGAGUGUCAGCAACAUUUCUUGUGGCGGAACGAUCAACGACGAGUCUGGGUUUAUUACGGCCCCUGGAUAUCCGGGUCAAUUACUACCGCACGUCACGUGUGAGUGGUUAUUCGAUGCGGGAAUUCGAUUUGGAUAUGUUCUGGAUUUUGAAUUUUUGGAUGAGGCGAUCCACGACGGUCUGCCAGAACAUCGACUGACAAAUUACCUAAGCGAUCGAUACUUCUGCACAAACCGUACCCAAUUCGUUUCAACUGCCGAUCUCAUUUCACUAAAAUACAGUGACACAUUGGUCCGGGAUGCCUCGAGAUAUGACGAGACCAUACAGCUCAACGAACAAUAUCGGCCCUUCCGUAUUAAAUAUACGAAAGUACCCGAAAAAAUGUUACACGAGGAUGCUUGCAUGCUGGAGCUCCGCCGAAAUUCGACAAUCUAUAUCAGCAGCCGACUAGAGACGACCACGAACCCAGCGCUGCGUCUCAGAGCCGGGUAUUGCCACUUGGUGAUUCGCCGCCCAAAGAAGAAGCCCGCUGUGCAGACAAUUUCGGUAGAGAUCACCGAUUAUCGAUCGACGAGUCCGGUUCAUUAUGCUUAUUGCAAUGACUACACCAAUUUUAUUGAAUUCUUGACUCCCCAAAACGACCCUUGGCCGGUGAAUGAACGGCUUUGUAACGCGACGUUCCGUUUGCUUGGAAAUGAGACCUACGUGGCGACGUUCUUAAACCCAGAGAUCAACGUCCACAUCUGGGUUCACAAGAAUUUGGACGAUCCGUUGAAGCACUAUUUUACCCGUUUCAAUAUGACGGUGUCAUUCCAAGAAUGCGGUGGUUUCAUCCGCGAGGGGCAACUCGACGAAGAGUACACCCUGAGCUCGCCCAACUAUCCGAAUAAUUACUUGCCAAAUUCGCAUUGCAUGUGGAUUUUUGAGGCGCCAGAAGGGCAAGCUGUUAAG